AUGGAGCUUACCUCAUUUGCCUUUCAAAAGACUUGGGAUAUUGAUUUAUUCCAUGGAUCAAUUUCCUUCAUGAUUCACUCCAGUGAUCUACCUGGAUUUAGUCAAUUUGUUGAAAGCAGAACUCCUUCCAGUGCAAGAGCAGAUGGCUUUAUUCAGGACUUCUGGCAACAUGCAUUUGAUUGUAUACUCCCAAAUUUAACUGGCAAUGUGGACAGGUAUGCUUGCACAGAAGAGGAGAAGAUGGAGAGCCUUCCUGGGUCUAUUUAUGAAAAGCACAUAUAUGGCAACAGCUACAGUGUUUACAACUCUGUCUAUAUUUUGGCCCAUGCUUUGCAUGCUGUGUCUUCAUAUAGACUUAAACACAGUGGAGAGGCAGAUGGAGAGCAAUUAAAGGUUCAGAAUCAACAGAAGCAGCAGCUCCAUCGCAUUCUGAGAGGUUUCUCAUUUAACAACACUGCUGGGGACACAGUCUCCUUAAACAAGAAUGGGGUAUUAGUAGCUGGAUUGGAUAUUAUCAACUGGAUUGUUUUUUCAAAUGGAUCCUUUCAGACAUUGAAAGUUGGAAAGAUCGAUUACAAGAACUUUCCAUAUGAAUAUGAAGCAUUCUCCAUCAACGAGGAUGCGAUAACAUGGCACCAUUGGUUUAACCAGGUGCAGCCUUUUUCUUUAUGUAAUGAGUAUUGCCAUCCUGGUUCAAGCAUGAAAAGGAAGGAAGGGGGACCAAUUUGCUGCUUUGAUUGUACCCGAUGUCCAGAAGGGAUGAUUUCAAGCCGUAUGAACAUGAAAGAGUGCUAUAAAUGCACAGAUGAAAAAUAUCCAAAUGAAAACCAGGAUUUCUGUAUUCCCAAAGAUAUAACCUUCUUGUCUUAUGAAGAACCAUUGGGGAUCAGUUUGGCCUCCAUUGUGAUUUCCUUUUCUUUGAUCACAACACUGGUGCUAGGAAUAUUCAUGAGACACCACAACACACCCAUCGUCAAAGCCAACAACAGGAAUCUCACCUACACUCUCCUCAUCUCUCUCCUACUUUGCUUUCUUUGUGCAUUGCUAUUCAUUGGUCAUCCUCAGAAGGUGACAUGUAUCCUCCGACAAAUUGCUUUUGGCAUCACCUUCUCAGUGGCAGUUUCUUGUGUGCUGGCAAAAACCAUCACAGUGGUUCUGGCUUUCAUGGCCACCAAACCAGGAUCUAAGAUGAGAAAUUGGAUUGGGAAAAGGCUGUUGAACUCCCUUGUUCUUUUUUGCUCCCUGCUUCAAGUAGUCAUUUGCGUUGUUUGGUUGGCAAUCUCUCCCCCUUUCCCAGAUGCUGACAUGCAUUCAGUGAUGAAAGAAAUCAUACUGGAAUGCAACGAGGGCUCAGCUGUCAUGUUUUACUGGGUCUUGGGCUAUAUGGGCUUCCUGGCAAUUCUCAGUUUCAUUGUAGCUUUCUUUGCCAGGAAAUUACCUGACAGUUUCAAUGAAGCCAAAUUCAUCACUUUUAGCAUGUUGCUCUUUUGUGGCGUGUGGAUAUCCUUUGUUCCAGCCUACCUCAGUUCAAAGGGGAAAUACAUGGUAGCUGUGGAGAUCUUUUCUAUCUUAGCUUCCAGUGCUGGGCUUUUGGUGUGCAUUUUUCCCCCCAAAUGUUACAUUAUUGUCUUUAAGUCUGAGAUGAACAGUAAGAAACACCUAAUAGGAAGAAAGUGAUAAAGUUCAGAAAAAGUUCUCAGUACUUUAAUAACCCAGUUUUGACUCCUUAGUUUUAUGGUGAAUUCUGUUUUCUCGAUCAUAAGGAACUAUUUGUCUCCCACAUAGAACUCCCAUGCUUUCUGCUGCCUAACAAGAUCGUCGGGGGGCCUUUGCUCUGUGUGCUGACAUUGAGAGAAGCUAGAUUGUUGUGCAUUUCUUUUCUGUUCUUUCCCACAGACUCUAGAAUGCUCUCCCAGUUAAUGUUUAUUCUGUGACAGCUGUGUCUGCUUUUAAAAACUUUUGGAAGGGUGGUAUAGAAAUUGAAUGAAUUAAUGAAUUAAUAAAAUAAUGACCUUUUUAUUUGCUCAGACUUUUACCACCUAGAG